GGUUGCUGGUGGCUUGUUUGUAUGUGUGGGGGAGGGAGGGCUGCUAAAAGCAGAGAACUUGAUUGACCAUGUCUCACAUUGCCAAGUAGGGUCUUGCCCAGGUGUAAACAGGUAUGAAUUAGAACAUGUAAUUGCAUGCAGCUUGCUCUCAAAUGAGAGGUAAUUCCUUUUGUGCUGAGGUGGAUAAAAUCUCACUGCACAUAGCCUACUACUUCAGUGCCCUCAAGAAUUCUGUGGUGUACGAACCUCCUCUCCAAGAAAAGCAAAUUCAGAGAAGACUCACCACUCAGCAGGCCUUGGAAAUUAUCCUGAGUGAAGUAAACACUUGUGACUCAGAUGGAGAAGACAUAGAACUUCAGCCGGAUUCAGACUCAGAGCUGUCUGAUCUGUCUUCAGGUUAAGUUUCAGAUGAGGAGACUGCUCCUCAACCAAAAAAAGAGAGCCCGUUUGGGGACUGACCUGACAGAGACGGCGAAAGAAGGCAAAGCGUGGCAUGAAGAACAGGUGGGGACGUGUCUCCCUUUCACCCCAAUCAAAGCGUACGCUGCUGAUGGAGAGCUAACGGCUAAGGCCAGGAAAAGUAUCUCGAGUUGCCUUCAGUGCUUCCUGCGUUUCAUCACUCUUGACAUGCUUCAUAUCAUUCAAGAAUGGACUAUUCAACAUGCACAGGAAACGGAGCAUGUUCAUUGGUUCAUGGCCCUCCCUGAACUAAUGGCAUUUAUUGCAAUUGUCAUCUUGCGGGGGCUUACCAAGGUUCCAUAACUAUGUGACUGCUGGUCAGCAAACCUGGGAAACCCACAUAUCAUUGGAACAAUGCCGCGAAACCGCUUCCAAGACAUCAUGCGACACCUACGCUUUGAUGACAGGUCCAACCAGAGUGAUCGAGCAAAGACUGAAAAGUUUGCUGCAAUUUCCAGUGUGUGGGGAUCAUUUGUCACCAAUUGCAUCACGUCCUACAACCCUGGUCUACAUAUCACCGUUGAUGUACAGCUUUUCCCGUCAAAGACUCGCUGCCAUUUCCUGCAGUAUAUUGCAACUAAACCUGACAAGUUUGGGAUCAAGUUUUGGGUGGCUUACGACCUAAAAUCCAAGUACAUUUGUAAUGUCCUCCCAUAUCUUGGCAAGGACGCUAGUCGUCCCAGUGGAGUGAGACCGUCUGAAAAUGUAGUGAUGAGGCUGAUGGAACCAUUCCUAGACAAGGGCCGAAAUGUUACCAUGGACAAUUUCUUCACAUCGCUGUCACUUGCGCAUAAACUUCUUAGCCAGAAAACCACCAUCCUCGGCACAGUCAACAAGAUUUGCCGGGAAAUCCCUCAAUCCGCUAGACACACAGAUCGCAAUGAAUUCACCACUCAGGUGUUUUCAACCACUGCUGCUAUGCUGACGGCGUAUGCGCCCAAACGGAAGAAGACAGUCUACAUUCUUAGCAGCAUUCACAGCAUGAUUCAGACUGAUAAUACCACCAAAAGGAAGCCAAACACUGUCACCCUUUACAACACCACAAAGUGCGGCGUGGAUGUGAUGGACCAGAUGGUGCGGGAGUACACUGUCCGCACAGGGACACGGCGCUGGCCAGUUGCCAUGUUGACUUGA